UUUCCCUCCCUAAGUAUGAGAGCUGGCUUAAAAAAUGAUUGUGAGAAGAAGAUAAUUUGAUUCCCAACCCACUGCGGGUGAAACCAGGAUUGUGAAGCUCGGAUAAGCGAUGGAAACUCUUUCUAUGGUUACAUGCUUCACCGGCAAGCAAACUUCACCUCCUACCAGAUUCCUAUCACGAACAGCUACUUCUUUACUUCAUUUCCAGAAAUCAAAGCUCCCCAUUCCACUACCGCCAAGAAGAAUUCGCGCAGUAAGUGAAAUUGCUGAAGAGGAUGUUCUACGAGCAUUCUUCGAGGAACGGAAACUAAAUUCGGAUUUUAUAUCAAAAACUUCUGAUAUGCUUUGGCAGAGGGCAGUCUUGAAAUUUGAAGAUGUCACUGAUGACAGAUUUACGGAUACUUCUCAAGGACCGGUUGAUGAAAAUGAUGAUGAUGGUGGGUUUUUGAAAUUGUCUGUCACUCAAGAAUGGAUCUCGGGUGGUAACUCUGCACCAAUCAAUAAAAAAACUGUUAAUAAGAUACUCCCAAAUGAUCGUGAAAGAAAGAAGAAACUAAAUUUUCUCAAAUAUGAAGCGCUCAAGAGGGAACUAAUGCUUUUGUCUGUUGGCAUUGGAACUGCAUGCAGUGGGUAUUGCCUGGUGGUAUUUUCGUUCCAGGCUGCUAUUAGUUAUGCAGUAGGAGUCCUUUCAAGCUGCUUAUACCUCCAGCUAUUGUAUCAACAUGCUGACAAACUAUCUAAAGACAUGAUUCCUGAUAUUUUCACUCAGAAAAAGACAAAAAAAAUUGGAAUAAGAAGUGAAGAUAUCAAGAACGUGUUUGAGAAAUCACUGAAGGGAAGUGGCAUUGCCCUUUCAUCUCCUAGGCUUGUGAUUCCUGCUGCAAUAUAUGCAUUAUGGAUCCUUUCUCAUAAAUUUCUUGCCAACGACUUCUUCGACUUCCAGCUCACACCAGCCAUGCUUGGGAUGUUCGUCUAUAAGGCAGCUGCACUUGUUCAAGUUUACAGGGACAAUGAAAAUCUGAGAUUGGUCUUUCCGGAAAACGAUGGGGACUCGGCAUGACUGCACCGCACAUUUUGAAGUAAACAACUGACCGGCCCACAUUAUCUUUGCAACAACUGUUGGUUGUGUCUAAGUAUUCCGUGCACGCUGCAGGUUGGUAUUAACUUACUGUCCUACACCUUAACUGAUAUGGAGAUGUUCAGUAAUUCAAACAAACAUCAUUGGGAUCAAGUAGUAUGUCAUUUCAUGUUUUAGUGCACAAAUGUUUGGUUUUGUCAAGAGAAGAUAUGCCCUGUUUUUGCCAUUACUGAUCCCCAGUUGUUUCAAGAAGUGGGUCAUUUAAGUUUUAUUUAUAGGUCAGGGAUUGAUAUGUUAUAUGAGUUAUAUGAUUUAACUCUUAAAUUUGUUUAUAGGAGAAAAUGUCGUUAAAAUCGAAAUAUAUAGGUUGGAUGUUAAUAUUUACUUCUAAUGCAUCAACUUAAUUCAA